UCUUCAAUAUGCACGCGUCAUUUCCGGGAAGCCUUGCGAUCUGAUUGGUCCGCUGUUGAGUUUUCGCGGGAAAUUUUGAUCCGCGUGAUUUCCCCCCUGUGUUUGUGUGUUGACGUCUUCAGCUUCUCGUCCACAAAGUGCAGGAUGAAUCAAGAGGGAAAUAACACAUCCGCUCCGAGCAGUGGCAUGGCCGUCCCCGGCGAGGCGAGGAAGAGGCAGGACUACCUGGAGUGGUCUGAAUAUUUCAUGGCUGUUGCAUUUUUGUCUGCUCAGAGGAGCAAAGAUCCGAGCUCACAGGUGGGAGCGUGUAUUGUGAAUCAGGAGAAUAAGAUUGUGGGGAUCGGUUAUAACGGGAUGCCUAAUGGCUGUGAUGAUGAUCUCUUACCCUGGGCUCGAGCCGCUGAUGACAGACUGAACACUAAAUAUCCCUACGUGUGUCACGCCGAGAUGAACGCCAUCAUGAAUAAAAACUCGGCGGAUGUGAAAGGCUGCACCAUGUACGUCGCUCUGUUUCCCUGUAAUGAGUGUGCGAAACUCAUCAUCCAAUCAGGAAUAAAAGAGGUAGUUUAUUUGUCAGAUAAAUACCACAGCACCCCGGAGAUGGAAGCUUCCAGAAGACUGCUGGAUUUGGCGCGUGUCCCGUACAGGCAGUUUCAGCCGAAGCGUAACAAGAUCGUUAUCAGUUUUGACUCCAUCGGUCUCUCCACACAGCGCGAGUGUAACGGAGGCUGUACACCGGCUGUAAAUGGCGGAAGUGCCGAAACACAGAACAAAAACUGAAAAAAAGAAUUCUGAACUGAAACGUUGGUCUUCUGUACGAUAUUAAAUAUUUUAGGGAUCACUCAAAUACCGAACAUCGCUGAAGUAAGUUACAGAAACUUCACGAUAGGUGAGUACUGAAAUACUGAGGUUUGGUCUUUCAGCGGUUAUCACAGGAAAAACAGCAAACUACUGAAAUACCGGACGUCAUAAAAUUCAGACGUUCAGAACGUUACCAACGUACCGAACGUUCAAGGUACAUUUCGAUCGCUGAAUUAUUGAAGAUUCCAAAUAUAACCGAAUAAUCAAACGUUACUGUAACACCGAAGUGCUGAAAUACAAAAACAUGAAAGUAAAGUCCCGCCAUAACAGAUCAAAACGUCCGUAAAACACUGAUGGGUUUCAGUCGGUUGGAGAUCUACUGAAAAUGACCACAAACAUCACUAAACUGGACAAAUCUUUAACACACAGGACUGAAAUUUAAGAACCGGUGAAAAUACUUAACUACCAGAUGCCCCGAUAUUGUUCCAGUACUUACUAAAGUGCUGAAAUGCCAGCUGAAACAUCACCAGCGGUGAAUUACCGAAUACCGAGCGUUACUGAAAUAAUGUCAUGAGGCAGUUGUGUAAUUUGAUGAGCUGAAUAGUGAAACACCGAAGUUUAUACAAGUUCCGAAGGCGUUUCUAGCACGAGAACCUGUUUAACACGGGGUGUGCUUCUCAGCAUUUAAGUGAACAGCCUACUUUUAUAUAUCGUUUUUAAAUGACUUCCAGCCCUGUAAUAUAUUCGCUGCCUUUUCACUCUGCUUCCUGGAUAAAACCUUUUGUUUGCAGUUUACUGAUUUCAAACGAACAAGUCGUAACCAUCCUCCGUUUUAAGCUUCGUCAUUUUAUUCAUUUUCCUUUUGUUGUUUUUAAUCGGAUUACGUAUUAACUGUGUUAUGACGUGUCCCGAGUCUUGGCUUCGGUCGUUGUUUGGAACUGUAAAACACUUUGCUGUAGCUAUGCUGGAAGAUUGAUCUCAAUUAAAUUCUCGUAUUCAGAGAUGUUUUAUUGGGAUAAAAUGAUGUACGGUCUCGUAUACUUGGACAGCCGUGCUGAAUAAACAUUGUUUAUCCAUUUAUAUAUUAA